AUGCCACAGAUUUUCAAAAACUACUAUAUCAAAUCGACUGCCGGGCUGUCGAUUUUCUUUCUGAGCGAGUGGUUAUUGGGCGACCUGGCCAAUCUCCUCGGAGCCAUAUUUACCAAGCAAGCUGGCUGGCAGAUCAUAGUUGCGACCUACUACGUCUUCGUGGACAUGUGCCUAGUGUUUCAAUACUUCUGGUACAGCUACGCCGCAAAGUGGAUAUACGAGGAAAGUCUCCAUUCCACAGGGAGCAGCGAUAUCGACGAUGCGGACAGUGCCAUAAUAAAUGGGUUGUCGCCCAUCAACUCGAAUUUCGCAAGCGAUGCCCCGCUACCCGGGGACUCUGAUGACUACACUCCCAAAAGAUCAGAUCCAACCGACGUCAACGUUCCUCAGUUUUCCGCGGUAAACUAUGGUGAAAAGAAAGGAACUCCUCCUCAAGACAUUGUCUACGGGGAUAAAUUCGGGUCGAGUUGGAUGGCUUCACCCUCUCCACGCACUCUUCUCUACGCAGCCACCAUGGCCUCCAUGGCCUCCAAUGUGGCAGCUGCUCCAGUACCCUUUCCUUCCGACCACUAUGUGCACGGAAUUCAUCUCUUCCGCGUCGAUACCCCUCUUGAGAUCGUCGGCACUAUUUUAUCGUGGUGCUCGACUUUCCUAUACCUGGGUUCAAGACUACCUCAGCUGUAUAAGAAUUGGCAGCGGCAGUCAACUGCCGGCCUCUCACCUCUUCUGUUUAUUGCUGCUUUUUGUGGUAAUUUCUUCUACUCUGCGUCCUUGGUCACCAAUCCCAAUGCGUGGAGUAACUACGAACCAUAUGGACAUCACGGCUGGGUGGACGCAGAUGGAAAUCAAAGAUGGGCAUGGGUUGCCCGUGCAGCUCCGUUCUUUCUUGGGGCUGCAGGAGUGCUAAUGAUGGAUGCCUUGAUGGGUGUCCAAUUCAUCAUUCAUUGGGAGCGAGUCAAUGGAUGGAUGAGAGGCUGGAUCCCUGCCAUGGCCGGGAAAGACCGAGUUGUGGAUAUGGCCCAAAGUCAGCGCUUGCUGCAUGAGAGCGGGCAUUUGAGUCUGAGUCGGAGACGAAGUCACCAUCAUGUCGACUACGGGGUCGGCUCGUCCGACAAUUACGCGUACUUGGUCAGCGAUGAUGAGACUAAGGAUGCCGUGAUCAUCGAUCCAGCGAAUCCUCCAGAAGUCCUCCCUGUUCUCGAAGAGCAAAGCAAGUAUCUACACCUGCGCACGAUCAUAAAUACUCACCACCAUUGGGACCAUGCGGGAGGAAAUACAAAGUUGCUGUCCGCAAUACAGACCGAUCUCAACAUUAUUGGAGGCAAGGACUGCGAAAUGGUCAAAGAAACCCCAUCCCAUGGGUCAAAAUUCACAAUAGGCAAGAACAUUCAUGUGACCGCCCUGCACACGCCUUGCCACACGCAGGAUAGCAUUUGCUAUUUUAUGGAAGACAAGUCCACAAACGAGCGAGUCGUGUUCACCGGGGACACCUUGUUCAUCGGCGGCUGUGGUAAAUUCUUUGAGGGCAAUGGUACUGAGAUGAACAAAGCCCUCAAUGAAGUCCUGGCGUCACUGCCUGAUGAUACAAAGGUCUACCCGGGGCACGAAUACACCAAAUCCAACGUCAAGUUCUUGAAGAAAAUCGACGGGAAUAACGAGGCUGUGAAAAACCUGGAGAAAUUCGCGAAUGAAAAUAAGGAAACACAGGGCAAGUUUACCAUUGGCCAGGAAAAGGAACACAAUGCAUUUAUGCGAACGCACACGGAGGAGAUGAAGAAGGUCACGGGUAAGACGGAGCCUGGUGAGGUUAUGGCUCGGUUGAGGGAGAUGAAGAACGCUGGUUAG